CAGCACACAGUAGAAGAAGUUCUUCUUCUUCGGUGUGCUUUUGGACAGCUGUUUCUGUCCAUUGACGGCUAUCCCAUAUCUCUUUAUAGAUUUUCAAAACACCUUUAAUAAAGAUGUCAGAAGAUUUGCGAGCAGAGCUGGAGAAAUACCUGCAGACUUUAGACAUCCAGACCUGCUGCGUGGAGCACCCACCGGUGUUCACGGUGGAGGAGAUGAUGCCUCACCUGCAGGAAGUGAGCGGAGCCGUCACUAAGAACCUCUUCCUGAAGGACAAGAAGAAGAAAGGCCUGUGGCUGGUGUCGGCCCGCCACGACCGCCAGGUCAACCUCAAUGACCUCGCCAAGAAGCUGGGAGUUGGCAGCGGCAACCUACGCUUUGCAGACGAGGCGAUCAUGUUGGAGAAACUCAAGGUGGGUCAGGGAUGUGCGACGGCCCUCGCUCUGCUCUUCGACCGGGACCAAAGUGUGAAGUUGGUCCUGGACCAGGACCUGAUGGAGGGAGGCCACGAGAGGGUCUUCUUCCACCCCAUGACCAACAGCGCCACCAUGGGGCUGCGACCUGAAGACCUGCUGCGCUUCCUCCAGGAGACGGGGCAUGAGCCGGUCCUGCAGAGCUUCGACUAGGACCGGGAUCUGGACAUGGACAUGAAUUGGACAUGGGUUAAGAAGACAAACCUGCAGAGACAAACCUGAACUUUUCCUUCUCUUUUAAAAAGAUUUUACCACUUUAGUUUUGUCAUUGUGAAAGAACACAAGGCAAAGUGUUUCAGAAAGAUAUACAUGUUUGAAAAAGGUAUGAAUGUUAUCUAUGAACUGUUCAAGUUACAAAAAAUACUGGGCAGUAAAUGAUCUGGCUACUUCAGCAGAAGUCAUUUUUGUUGGAUUUCUGUCUCUUUUUUUCUUCAUAAUAAUGUCUGGUCAGCCUAUUUUUGCUGGACAUUUUAUUUAAACAAGAUACAAUAAUAACAAAAAUCAAUUCAUCAAUCAACCUUACAUUUGUACUUUGGUACUCUAAUCAAGUGAAUAUAGGGGGUUUAUUUUGAAAAUGUUAUAUAUUUUAAAGAACACUUUUCAAAGGUGAAAAUGAAUUAACCUGAAGGAUUAAUCUAAAUGUAUAAAAUAAAAAAUAUUAUAUAAAUUAAUAAUAAUAAUAAUUAUUAUAAUAUUUAAGUGUGUCUUAAGUACAUAAACAUAAUGUAUUUUCAGUUUGACUGUUAUAUUAAUGUGUAGUUUGUACUAUAGAAAUAAUAUUUGGCUAUUUAAAAUGUAGAUGAGACAACCUUUAGUUUGAGCCUGCUUCUUUGCAUUAGGGGAUGUAUUUCUUUGUAUUAUAUAGCCUCAUUAAAAACUAACACAAGUUAUUUAUCCAUAUAGAAACAUGAUGUCAAAUGACCAACAUUUGAAACAAAACACACAUUGAUAAAACUUCUAAUUAUCAAUACAUCGAAUAAGUCAUUCAAAACAAAAAAAUACUAUUUAUUAAAAUAAAUAAUUAUGAAUUGUAGGAUCCAGUGUUUUACAGAAAAACAGUCUGCAUUUCUCUCUUGUUCCCUCUAUGUGUGUGUGUGUGCCCUUGUGUGUGUGCGUGCGUGUGUGAGGCUCUGCAUUCCUAAUGAGAGUGUGUAUUGUUGCAUUGUUGUGUAAAAUUAGCAAAUGAAUAAAACGUUACAUACUGACACUC